UUUCAAGCGUUAAUCCCCUUGCUUAAACCCCAUUGUGAUCAUACACUAAAGUACGGUGGCGUCCAAAAAGGAAGAAGAUAGAGCAAAAGAGUCGCCAACAAGUUUUAGGAACUUGUAAACCGUUCACAGGGUGAAGGUUACACCCCUUAACAAUCCAAGAGAUCGUCAACCAGUGGCGGAUCUAGCGGGGGUUCAGGGGGUUCAACUGAACCCCGUUAGAUCCGGAAAAAAAAAUUAAAAGUUAUUUUAAAAAAAAACCUAUAAAUAAAAUAUCUUAAAUAAUUGUUUACUAUGUCAGGCGCUAGCUCAGUUGGUUUAGUGACUCUCAAAUUGUGCCACAGAUUGCGUGUUCGAAACCCAGGACGCGCAACUUUAUUAUUUUUUUCUUUUUUCUUUUCUCCCUUUUUUUCCCUGUAACUUUCGUUCUAUUCAAUUGUUCCCUUUCUUUUCUCAAUUCUCAUACACUGCUCACUGCUGCUUGCUAAACCCUAACUUUCUUCUCCAUUUUUUCUCACUUCUCAAGACGCCGCACUGAGACACGUCCACACCUGUCGCCACUACUCACCGACGAGGCCACGAGGGUCAAGGGCGACGCCGACGAUCUACUCGAGUGUACUAGUGUGUGACCAUGAAAAGUUUGGAGCACUUUUGGAACAAAUCUCAAAAAAUCAUCAAAAUUUUCCUUUCCAAACUCUAAACCUAUUAGUGAAGACAUAGAGGAUGAAGAAGACAUAGAGUCACCUAAUGUCAUUCAACCUCCACUUGAAAGCAAUUCACAACCACAUGGAGCAAGUACUUCAAAUGUUGGUGUCGAGGAUCGCGUAUACGAUGUUGAACUUCUUCCACAUGAUCCCGGAAAAAGAAUUCCAAUCUUGGGGUACCCUUCUAAUGAUCAAGAUGCCGUGAGGAGAGGAUAUAUUUCCAAGAAAAGUUGUGACCCACGCACUCAUAAUUUCCCUCAACGAUCAAUUGGAGGUAUGCGUCACUUUAAUGUUUAUUGGUUUGAUAAGUAUGAAUGGCUUGAAUAUAGUGUUGAGAAAUAUGCGGCCUUUUGUUUUGUGUGCUACUUGUUUAAGGACAAAAUUACAUCUCCGGGUGGUGAUACUUUUGUAAAAGGGGGAUUUAGGGGUUGGAAUAAAAUUGAAAGAUUUGAUAGACAUGUUGGUGGUGUUGGUAGUGCUCAUAAUCAAGCUCAAGAGAAAUAUGAUAACUACAUAAAACCAAAAACAUCAAUCAUAGAAACUUUUAGUACAUACACAUCAGAGGCUAGAAUUUUUUACAAAAGACGCUUAACAUACUCACUCAAAUGUGUUAGGUUUCUUUUGAAUCAAGGUUUAGCUUUUCGGGGACAUGAUGAAAGUGAGGAUUCAAGUAAUCGAGGGAACUUUCUAGCCCUUUUAGAAUGGCUUGCUGAUAAUAAUGAUGAUGUUAAGCAGGUUGUAUGAACUAGUGCUCCCGGAAACAAUCAAAUGAUUGCUCCAUCCAUCCAAAAAGACCUUAUAAACUCUUGUGCCAAAGAGACCACUAGGCUACUUAUAGAAGAUCUUAAUGGUGACUACUUUGGUAUACUAGCUGACGAGUCUAGUGAUGUGUCUCAAAAAGAACAAAUGGCCCUUUGUUUGCGUUAUGUGAAUAAAAAAGGUGGGAUAGGUGAAAGGUUUCUUAGAAUUGUACAAGUUGGAGAUACAACUACUUUAACAUUAAAACUUGCAAUUGAAACUUUGCUUAUGGAACAUUCAUUGAGUUUGUCUAGAGUUCGUGGACAAGGUUAUGACGGGGCUAGUAACAUGAGGGGUGAGAUAAAUGGUCUAAAACUUUGGUCAUGAAUGAUACGAAAGAAGCUUAUUAUGUUCAUUGUUUUGCUCAUCAACUUCAAUUGACUCUUGUUGUUGUUGCUAAAUGAUGAUUGUAUUUGGCUUUUUGAACAACUUACAAUGUUGUUGAAUGUGAUUGGAGUAUCUUGUAAGCGAAGGGAAAUGAUCAGAGAAACUCAAUCUCAAGAAGUGCUUGAAGCAUUAGAUUUAGGUGAAAUUGAAAGUGGACAAGGGUUAAACCAAGAAAUGGGUUUGGGUAAGCCGGGUGAUACUCGUUGGGGAUCACAUUAUAAAACUGUUGCGAAUGUCACUUCAUUGUAUUCUUCCAUUGUUAAGGUUAUUAAAAAGAUUGGAGCAAAUAAGAUUUACAAGGAGGAUCGUGUCAAAGCUAUCACUAUUAUGGAUACAUUUGAGUCAUUUGAGUUCAUAUUCAUGAUACACUAAAUGUCCGAAAUUUUUGGGAUAACAGAGAAAUUGUGUCAAGCUUCGCAAAGGGGGGAUCAAGAUAUUGUUAAUGCCAUGUCAUUUGUUACCUUGACCAAAGAGAAGUUGCAAAAGAUGAGGGAACAUGGGUGGGAUGACUUUUUAGAUCUUGUCACUUGUUUUUGUGUUAAACAUAACAUUUAUGUUCCUGGUAUGAGUGAUUUGUAUGUUCCCCGUGGGAGAUCAAAGCGCUUCUUUGCUAAAGUUCAAAAUCUUCAUCGCUUUCGAAUUGAGAUGUUUGUAAGUGUUAUCGAUUUACAACUUCAAGAGCUUAAUAAUAGAUUUGAUAAGGCAAAUAUGGAGUUGCUUGUUUGUAUGGCUUGCUUGAAUCCUAUCAAUUCUUUUGCUGCAUUUGAUAAGAAAAAGUUGAUGAGACUUGCCGAGUUUUACCCGAAAGAGUUUCCAAGUAAUGAUAUGACAAUGACAGCACUUCGUCAUGAACUUGAGUUUUUUAUUGAUGACAUGCGGAAAGAUGAGAGGUUCAACAAAUUGAAGGAUAUUAAUGAGCUUUCUAUGAUGCUAGUUGAAACAAAUAAACAUUGUUCUUACAAAAUGGUUUAUUUGCUUGUUCGAUUAGUAUUAAUCCUUCCGGUGGCAGCUGCAAGUGUGGAAAGGGUGUUUUCUUCGAUGACUUAUGUGAAGAACAAGUUGAGAAAUAGUAUGGGAGAUCAACUAAUGAAUGAUUGUUUAGUCACAUUUCUUGAACGUUAGUGACAAUGAUGUAUUGGAACGUUUUCAAAGUAAGAAAACUCGAAGAAUGCUUUUGUAAUUUGCAUCUUUUUUAUGUAUUGUAUUUUGACAUUUAAUUGAAGUUAUGUAUUGUUGUAUCAGAUCAUUUUAUUUUGCAAUUUUAUUGAAAUUUGGACUUAUUUUGUUGUUUA